CGGCCCCGCCGUCCCGCUCCGCCCCGCCAUGGCCGUGGCCCAGCGCAGGCUGUCCGUGGGGCUGGGGCUGGCCGGGCUGGCCUGCGCGCUCGUGGGGGGCUGCCUGCUGCUGCUGGGGCCGCUCAUCGUGCGGCAGCAGGUCAUCAAGAAUGUCAGGAUCGACCCCAGCAGCAUCUCCUUCCAGAUGUGGAAAGACAUCCCUGUUCCUUUCUACCUGACUGUGCAUUUCUUCGAAGUGCUGAACCCCAAGCAGGUGCUGCGGGGAGAGAAGCCGGUGCUGAGCCAGCGUGGGCCCUACGUGUACAGGGAGUACAGGUUUAAAACAAACAUCACAUUCCAUGACAACGACACUGUUUCCUACCUGGAGUACCGGCACCUCUUCUUCCAGCCAGACUUGUCCAAUGGCACGGAGGACGAGUACAUUGUUGUGCCAAACAUCAUGUUGAUGGGAGCAGCUGUGAUGGUGGAAAAGCUGCCAAAUUUUGUGAAGCUUUUACUGAGUGGAGCCCUGGCUAGCCUGAAGCAGGAGGCGUUCAUGAACCGGACGGUGGGGGAGAUCAUGUGGGGGUAUGAAGACCCCCUGAUAGAUGCAAUAAAUAUGAUUAUUCCUGGCCUGCUGCCUUUCAAGGGGAAGUUUGGAUUAUUCAUGGAUUUUAACAACUCCAACUCAGGGCUGUUCACAGUAAACACAGGCAUGAAGAACAUCAGUCAGGUUCACAUGGUGGAUUCAUGGAAUGGGCUCAAGAAGGUGAACUACUGGCGGAGCAGCCAGUGCAACAUGAUCAACGGGACAGCAGGGGAGAUGUGGCCACCCUUCAUGUCCCCAACCUCCCUGCAGUUCUACAGCCCUGAUGCCUGCAGAUCCCUGACACUGGUGUAUGAGCAGUCUGGGAACUUCCAGGGUGUGCCCACCUAUCGCUUCGUGGCACCCAAAACCCUCUUUGCCAACGGCACAGACUAUCCACCCAACGAGGGCUUCUGCCCCUGCAUGCAGUCUGGCAUCCAGAACGUCAGCACCUGUAGGCUCAAUGCGCCGAUGUUCAUUUCCCACCCUCACUUCUACAACGCUGACCCAUCCCUGGUGAAUGCAGUGGAAGGCCUGCACCCCAGCAAGGACCAGCACGGGCUUUUCCUGGAUGUGCACCCCAUGACUGGCAUCCCCAUGAACUGCUCCAUCAAGCUGCAGCUGAACCUGUACAUAAAGCACGUGUCUGGUAUCAUUCAAACGGGGCAGAUUAAGCCCGUGGUCCUGCCGCUGCUGUGGUUUGCAGAGAGUGGAUCCAUCGAGGGCUCAGUGCUGAAGCAGUUCUACACCAACCUGGUGCUGCUCCCCUCGGUGCUGGACUACCUGCAGUACAUCCUGCUUGGCCUCAGUGUCCCACUCAUUGUCUCAGCAGCUGUCCUCAUGGCAAUGAGGAAGAGAAGCAGCGCCCAGAAGAGCCCCCAUGGCCCCGGCACGCCGAGCACAGCCACCCCCUCCUCUGAGACCACGCCGCUCCUGCAGGACUGCCACAGCCCCAGCCAGCAGGGACCUGAGGCCUGAGCCACCCUGGGACAGCCUCCAGUGAGACAGGGAUCCUGCUGAGACAUGGAUCCCACUGGGACAGGGAUCCCACUGGGACACGGAUCCCACUGGGACACCCUCCUGGUGGGACAGCUCCCCACUGGGACAGGGAUCCCACUGGGACAUGCUUCCCACUGGGACAGCUCCCCACUGGGAUACACUUCCCAUUUGGGAUACCCUCCCACUGAGAUGGCUUCCCAGUGGGACACACUUCCCAUGGGACACCCUCCCAACUGGGACACAGCCAGGCUGCAGGUGACACUGCUUCGGAUCCCCAGAGCCCUCUGGAAGGUGGAGUCCUGGACAGCUCAGCAGAGAUCCUGCCCAGCACAGGGAAGCCGUGGGAUAGUCCUGCUGCUCAGCAUUCCUGCUCAUCCAGAAGCCUCAACACCACGUUCAAGAACCCUUUUGUCCCCAAGGGCCAGCCUGAGCCACUGCCCCUCUCUCCGGUGGAAUGAAGAUGGUUGCUGACUGAUCUGAGAAGUUAUUUGCAAUUUAAAACUGCCUAUUGCUAGGGAUAAAAGGCACUUUAAUGGCAGCCUUUAAAAUAAAUGAGGUUUGUACAGGUAGCACUGAUGGGAUUUAGUGAUCUCUUUAAAAGCCACUGUUCAUCUCACCAAAUGGGGCACGCUACUGUCCUGGAGCCACUCACACUUUUAUUGCCACUUGAUGUACCUGGACUCUGCAGCAAAUCAUUUCUGGGUGCUGUCACUCCAGUGCUGUCUGUUCCCACAGCCUUGGCACGUGUUGCAGGGUAGUGGUGACUCUGAGAGCCCCAGUCCUGUGCCAUGACCUUGUGCUCCACGGCCAUUCCAGCUCUCUGCCCUGUCACUUAACCUCUCCUGGCUGUGUGAGAUGAGCCUUGGCAGGGCUCGUGGCACCUCUGAGCUGUCACUCAGCUCCUGGCAGUUGUCCCUGCUGCCUGCUCAGCCAUCUGGGAUCAGCUCCUGUGGCCAUGGGCACUGCUCACACUGCUCACAGGAAGGGGGAGGCUUGGCCCUGUCCUCGGCGUGUUCAUGAAGAUACUUGUGCUUUUGAGAAGCAGGAAUAUGUGCAAUCAUGAAAGCAACAAUGGCCUUAAGUAGGGUUUGAUUAAAGUAUUGCAGAUUUCUGAAA